CAAAGAGCUCCUUUCGAUUAACCCCCCACCCCACGUAACAUUAACUAGUUAGCAUCGACGACACCUACACCAAAAGGUCUAUCUCGAAUCAUGUCCGAGGAGUCCAAGCCAGUUGAGCCCGUCGUCGACGAGACGAACGCCGAGCUCAAGGGCAAGGCCAUCGCUCACGCCGACGCCGAGGCUGAAGCCGACGACAACGAUGCCGAAUCUGGAUCCGAGGAGGAGCAUGAGGAGCAGCACGCUGCUGAGGGUUCCGGCGACAAGAAGAAGAAGAAGAAGAAGAAGUCGAAGCGAUCAAAGGUCAAGGAAGCCCUGACCGGCUCAAAGUCCGCCCCGACCGAUUCCGAUUUCCACAAGGCCCUCGAUGGCCUCACUCCUCAGCAGAUCAAGGAGUUCCUCGCCCUCAACCCGGCCCUCUCCCAAGAGGUGAAUAAGGCCACCAAGAGCGAUGAUCCUUCCGGCUCCCAGGCUGCCGACAUGCUUAAGAAAAUGUCACUACAAGAUAUCAUGACUGGUCUUGCCGCUGGCGGAAAGAACGCCAAAGAUAUGGGAUCGUAUAAGUUCUGGCAGACGCAGCCUGUGCCCAAGUUUGGAGAGGAUGCGACUUUAAAGGAGGGUCCUCUGCGCAUUCAGAAGGUCGAGGAGGUUGACAAGGAGCCCGCCCCUCUGAUUCCCGGCUUUGAAUGGGUUACAAUGGAUUUGACCAAGGAGGACGAGAUCAAGGAGGUUUACGAGCUGCUGAACAAGCACUACGUCGAGGACGAUGAGGCUAUGUUCCGCUUCAACUAUUCUCCCUCUAUUCUUCGAUGGGCCAUGAUGCCUCCUGGCUGGAAGAAGGAAUACCACGUUGGUGUCCGCGCAACUCAAUCCCGUCUUCUCGUAGCUUUUAUCUCAGCUAUCCCCGUUCACCUGCGUGUCCGCGAGAACGUUGUCACCUGCUCUGAGGUCAAUUUCCUCGCCAUCCACAAGAAGCUCCGAGGCAAGCGUCUCACGCCAGUACUCAUUAAGGAGAUUACCAGACGCAGCAACCUCAACGAGAUCUGGCAAGGACUCUACACCGCCGGUGUCGUCCUUCCCAAACCCGUCAGCACAUGCAGAUACUUCCAUCGCGCUAUUAAUUGGCAAAAGCUUUACGAGUGCGGUUUCAGUCCUCUUCCCGCAAACAGCAAACCUCAGUAUCAAGUUCGGAAGUAUGCGCUACCAGACGAUACUAGCACCAAGGGUCUGCGACCACUGGAAGAGAAGGACCUUGAUGCUGUCAUGGAUUUGUAUAAGCGAUACAAUGCGCGCUUCGAUAUGACGCCAGAGUUCAGUCGCGAGGAAGCUCACCACUGGUUUGUCCCCAAGGUUGGACCUAACGAGCAGCAGGUUGUGUGGACAUACGUUGUUGAGGACGAAAACAAGAAGAUCACUGACUUCUUCUCUUUCUUCUGCAUCGAGUCGACUGCUAUCGGAAACUCUAAGCACAACGUUAUCAAGGUUGCUUACAUGUUUUACUACGGUACAGAUGUCGCGCUGCAGGACAAGUUCGACAAAGCUUCUCUCAAGAAGCGCCUUAACGAACUUGUUCACGACGCCCUUAUUAUCUCCAAGCGCCACAAGUUCGAUGUGUUCAACGCAUUGACGCUGAUGGACAAUGCGCUCUUCCUGGAGCAGCAGAAAUUCGGAGCCGGUGAUGGUCAACUUCAUUAUUACCUGUUCAACUACCGUGUCAACCCAAUUGCUGGUGGUGUCGAUCGUAAGAACCAGCUUGACGAAGAGAACCUGAGUGGUAUCGGACUUGUGAUGCCUUGAGGUGGAUGUUGAAGAGUUGCGGAUUUACUACGCAAAUAUAAGUGGACAAUGACUGAACGACCAGGUCUGAUCGUGGGACACCAGAGAGGAGUUCAAUCUGGAAAGAAACAAAAAUAAGAAGCAAUAAAAAGAUAUUGAGAAAUUGCUUGAAAAGAGUACAAGUCUUGAUUUGGCGUAUAUCCAAUUAUGAAUUUGCUGUCUGAGAUUCAUUGCCUGUUGGAGUUGUUUAGUCAAUUGGCGAUAGCUGAAUGGUGGCUCACGGGCGUAUUAAACUCAGCGACUAUAGCUAAGUUACCCAUGGUCUAGUCUAUAAUUCGGAGGAUUUGCUACCUCGUUCUCACUUUUAUCG